GAUCAUCUGAUCGAGACGCGAAGUGCGUGGUGGUGUCAUUUUCUAAAGCACGGGCCAGGUAUCGUAAUCCACCAGCAGUUGGUGGGCUAUACAAUUUACGCAGGCUAGUAGCUCAACUCAUAACAUAGAAGGAACGACCAUCUUCCUUCCACCACUGUAUACAGAUUGAGGACGAUGGCUCAUUCAUUGCCUCCGGAACUAUGGUCACAUAUUUUUGGUCUGGCCGCGGAUGAGGAUACGAUCUUCUAUCCUGGCCUUCCAACAUCCAUGACCCAGUCUUCUUGGGCUCGUUCUCUGGUUACGGAUUGGCAACUAAGGACACCUCGCGACUCGAUCAACAUGGUCCAGCGCAGGAGCUAUGCUACUAAGAAGUCGAUCAUAUUAACGUGCCAAUCAUGGCGUCGUCUCGGCCUCGAGUUCCUCGUCCGCUAUUUGUUUUUCAACGACCCCUCGAAGCUCCGCUCUCUUACUGCCCUCCUCACUUCCAAUCCUUCACUGGGGUGGUGGACACGCCGUUUACAUAUAACUCACUUUCUCUACGAGCGUGGUCCCUCCCUCGAUGAUUUCGAAGCCACCCUCACAUCUGUGCUCGCCCAGACUCCCAACCUAGAAAUUUUCAUUGUCGAUUGGCCUCUAUCAAGGGCAUUUGGUUCCAUUGCGGACACGCUGGGUACGCAUUGCAAGAACUUGCGCACUGCUCACUGGCACGUCCCCGCCGAACUCCUUCCCAAGGUUAUAUGGGCAUUAGACGCCCUCCCACUCCUAGUUUCCCUUGCCGUUGAGUUCGAUGCACCACUCAAGGAUUCUGACACGCUCACAUUGGGAAGCGCACAAGAUGUCAAGCUCUACCUCCCGAACCUUCAGCAGCUCAUCCUGCGCGGAUCACUUGAUAUCCGCACAAUACUCGACCUAUGUCCUCUCCUCACCGCUUUCUCUUUCAAUCUCGACUGGAAGAUCGCGCCCAUCUCCCAGAACGCCGAUACAGGAGACUGGACCCAUCCACAUCGCGCACUAUCGGGCUCCACGGGUUGCUUUUUGCGUUCGGAGUGGGCCUUGCUAGCGCUUAUGCCACCCCCGAUCCCUCUUCGCUCUCUCCUUGUGCAGCGUACGAAUGACAGGAAUUUUGCAGCGCUCACUAAAGCGAGUUUCCCUAAACUCGAACGAGAGCGUGCGGACGGGCCGCAAGGGAGUGGGAUGGAGCGCUGGGAGAGGUGGGCAGGGAUGUGCGAAGGCAUGAGUAUCCGUCUGGAGGACUGCACUGGCGCACUAUUGGGUACAUUACCUCAAGAGUAUGAAGAGGUCGAAGAGGACGAAGAUGACGAAGAUGAGCUUUUGGAAGACAACGAGAACUCUUAUACGGACGAUGAGGAGCCGGUCAGACCAGGUGGAGUGGGUUUGUCAGAACUGAGGGAGCUGCUGGAAGAAUGUAGGAAGAUGAGCGAAGAACGCGAAGAACCGCUGUUUGCAGUUUUCGAUAUCAUGUAGUACGGAACACAUUUAAGAUCGCUAUUC